AACUUUUUUUCGAUUUUGUCCCUUGUUUUCGACUCCCUCGAAAAAAGAAGGGGUGUGGACAUAUUAGAAACUCUCAAGCUUCAGCUAUGGCUAUCUGAUUGUCGUGCCCACAAAAAUGCCAAUUUGUACUUAUCAUUUCUUGCUUUUCUCUAAGAGAUUUCAGUUGCAAAAUGGGGUUAAUGGAGGCUUUAAUCUUUCUAUGCAAAGGACAGUUCUGGAGAAUGGCUGUUAUUUGGACUCUCUCUCUCUUCUUAUCUCACUUUCACCUCUUUUCCCAAACCCAUUUCUCGCGUAAAUCCAAAUUAUAUGAUCCUUCUUCAUCUACAUCAUCAUUUAAUGCUGCUAUCAGAAAGCCAAUCUGCAUAAUUACAGGUGCCACAUCUGGUUUGGGUGCUGCUGUUUCCUAUGCCCUUGCUAAAGAAGGCUAUUACGUUGUUCUUGCUGGAAGGUCAUUGCACUCAUUGUCAAAGAUUGUGUCUGAAAUCGAAGAACAGAUAGAUGAUGCUUGUGUAAAAGCUUUUCAGGUUGAUUUGUCAUCAUACAAGUCAAUCUUGAGCUUCAAACACUCCCUUCAACAGUGGCUUUUGGACUCAGAUUUGCAUUGCUCUGUCCAGCUCUUAAUAAAUAAUGCUGGAAUCCUUGGGACAUCAUACAGAAUCACUACAGAACAAUGUGAUCAGAUGAUGUCAACGAAUUAUAUUGGUCCAUUUUGUCUUACAAAACUGCUUUUGCCGCUUCUAGAACAGAGCCCUAUCCCUUCUCGUGUUGUUAAUGUUACAUCAUUCACUCAUCGGAAUGUGUCUAGCAUGGAGGUCACCAGGGAAACAAUAUCUGGGCGGCAUUUUUCAAAAUUAAGUUCCUAUCCAUUUGCUCAUUUAUAUGAGUACUCCAAAUUAUGCCUUCUGCUCUUCACCUAUGAGCUUCAUCGGCAAGUUGGUCUAGUGGAGAAAUCACACAGUGUCUCUGUCAUUGCUGCAGAUCCUGGAGUGGUGAAAACCAACAUUAUGCGAGAAAUUCCUUCAUGCCUCUCAUUGUUGGCUUUCUAUGUUUUGAAACUUUUGGGGCUUUUGCAGUCUCCCGAAGAAGGAAUUGGCUCUGUUCUAGAUGCAGUACAUGCGCCACCAGAAACCUCGGGAGUAUACUUCUUCGGAGGAAAUGGUAGUACUCUAAGAUCUUCUCGGCUUUCUUAUGACUCCAAACUCGCAAAGGAUCUCUGGGAUGCUUCAUCUCAAAUUUUCCUUGAGCAUCAGCUUGCUUCCCAGGAUACAACUUGACCAGAGACAUUAAACCUGGUAACUUUCCUCCAAGUAUGUAUGAAGCAUGAACUUGAUUUUUGAUAUAAGAAAUUUUAAAUUUCUUUUCUAUACAUUUUGGAAGAGGUUCAAGUUAGUAUCUUGAUGUUUUAAUUGAGUACCUUUGUAAGUCCUGUUUAUGUUACUGCUAUUAAAGUAAGGCAAGUAUUCAGCCAUUAUUAA